AUGGCGGCUGACCUCCGGCAGGCGCCGGCGUGGUUCGUCUGGCUGGCCGUCCUCGGCGCCCUCCACGUCGCGGCGCUCUCGUCCCGCCUCCUCGUCCACCUCGCGCACUGCCUGCGCCGUCCCAGGGACCUCCGCCGGCGCUACGGCGCGUGGGCCGUGGUCACCGGCCCGACGUCCGGCAUCGGGCGGUCCGUCGCCCUGGAGCUCGCCGGCCGGGGCCUCAACCUCGUCCUCGUCGGUCUAGACGCCGCGGACCUCCGGGAAGUCUCUGACACGAUCACCUCCCGCCACCCCGUGGAGACCAGGACCGUGGUGUUCGACCUCUCCCUCGUCUCCACUCCCCAAGGCGACGAGGCGAUGCGGCGGCUCCGGGACGUCGUGGAGGGGCUGGACGUGGGCGUCCUCGUGAACAACGCCGGGGUGAUGAGCCCUCGCGCGGCGUUCUUCCACGAGGGCGACUUGGAGGCGUACGUGCGCAUGAUCCGCGUGAACCUGUGGGCGCCGACGGAGGUGACGGCGGCGGUGAUCCCGGGCAUGGCGGCGCGGGGCAGGGGCGCCGUGGUCAGCAUGGGGUCGGCGACGUCGGAGGCCGUCGCCUCCUUCCCGCUCCACGCCGUCUACUCCGGCACCAAGCGGUACGUCGCGGUGCUCUCCGGGGGCCUCGCCGCCGAGUACGGGGGCCGAGGGGUCGACGUGCAGUGCCAGGCGCCCAUGUUCGUGGCGACGGCGAUGAUCGCCGACUUCUCGGCGGUCUGGCGCCCCGCGCCGCUGGUGCCCACCGCCGACGCCUACGCGCGCGCCGCGGUGCGCUGGGUCGGCCGCGGCGGCCCGCUCUGCGUGCCCAGCCUCCGGCACCGGCUGCUGUGGUGCCUCCUCGCCGCCGUGCCCGGCCGCGUCCAGGACUGGGCCUGCCUGCGCGAGGGCCUUCGGCAGAGGAACACGUCCCGGAGAUCGUCGACGGCGUCCGCAAACCUUAACUAA